UGCUGUGGCCGUGUAGUAUUCGAGAAUAGAUUAAGAAUGUCACUGAUGGUGUAGUGGUACACUCGCCCGACUUUGGUGCGGGUAGUGUGGGUUCAGUUCCCACUCAGUGACGGUGUGAGUGCGAAUGGUUGUCCGUGUCUAUAUGUGCCCUGCGACUGACUGGCGACCAGUUCAGGGUGUAGUCUGCCUUUUGCCCGAAGUCAGCUGGGAUAGGCUCCAGCGCCCUCCGACCCUAACCAGGAUAAGCGGUGUUGAGAAUGGAUGGAUUGAUUAAGGACAGCUCCACAUUCAAAACCAAAACAAGAACAAUUUGGACUAAGAUGACCCCAACAACCCUAAUGAGGACAAGCGCAACGGAAAGCAAAUUUGGCAAUUUUUUGCAUGACCUUCGCACUCCAGGUCAGCCUCCCUCACUGCCCGAGGCCGUGUCCACAGCUUCCAUACUGAUAUCCAGCGGCAGCAUGGACGACAGCGCGGGAGCCGACAAACUGUCGCCGCCAUCCACUCAGGGUCACGCUUACAGCGGUAGCCACCAACCGCUUCUUGGGCACAACACCUGGACACGCAAAAUAAGUUUGAACCACAAUGACUUCCUAAAACUUGAAGAAGAAGACAAAAAAAAUCACCUCUUGGCAGGCAGGCAGGCGGCCACCUCGGGGACAAUCACACAAUCCUCGGGUAGAGGGCUGCGCAGUACACACACAAAAACACACUAAGUUGUGUAGCUAACACUGUUGCGAUGUGCAAAUGAUAACUAUACGAAUGUGUGAAACAUCUACUACAUGAAAGACUGUAGUACAGUAUGCGUAGCAUAUGAAUUGUCUAGCUAUGUAGUAAAUUAUUUGCGUAGUGUAGUACAUUAACUGUUUAGAGAAGUACAUUCAUUAUAUAGUAAUUGUGUUGUGUAGUUGUGUUUUGUAUUACUUUCAUUCAUUCCUUUUCCGAGCCGCCAUGAAUUCUGAGCUAAUGUUCAGCCAUCAGUUCGUGACCUCAAGCUGUAGCACACUUGGGUUCUGCAGCAGGAGAACGAUCCAAAACACACCAGCAAGUCAACUUCUGAAUGGCUUAAAAAAACAAAAUGAAGGUUUUGGAGUGCCCUAGUCAAAGUCUGAACUUGAUUCCGAUUGAAAUGCAGUGGCGUGACUUGUAUAAGGCCGUCGUUCAUGCUCGAAAACCCUCCAUUUUUGGUGAAUUCAAACAAUUCUGCAAGGAAGAGUGGACCAAAAUAUCUCCACAGAGAUGUGGAAGACUAAUUGCCAGUAACAGAAAAUGCUUGAAUUCAGUUGUUGCUGCUGAGGAUGGUUCAAUCAGUUAUUAGGUUUAGGGGCCAUUAAGUUUUCAUACAGGAUCAGGCACUUUGAAAAGUUUUUUUCCUUAGUAAAUUAAAUCAUUUAAAAACAGCAUUUUAGGUUCACUUGAGUUAUAUUUGUCUGAUCUUAAACAUUAAAGUGGGGAAACUAUGCAAAAAUAUAAUAAUUUGAGAAGGAGGCCAAUACUUUUGCAGGGCGCUGUAUGUGCAUUUUUCAUGUUUUAUUAUCCAUAGAAUAAUAAAUUAUAAACACAGCUUCUGGAUGGAGAGAAGAUAAAUGAGUAGCAAUGAUCAACAGUUAAUUAUUGACAAAGUCUCGACUUUUGAACUCAUUUAAGGGGGGAAGAGCAGUGAAGCUUGCGGAACACACAACAUAUCAAGGAACUGAAAAUGAAGGUCCUCCAAAAAGAUGAACAAAUGACUGCUGAGACUGUUCUGCUGAGAUACUUACCCAAGAGUUUUCAGGUCUAUGGAUACUUGUAUGCUUAUAACAGAAACAAACCAAGUAGCAUACAGGUUAUUGUUGAUACAUGGCCUGAUUUUAAGGUCAUCAUUUGUCGCCCUGACCCACAAAAGAAACACACCUCGGACUGGACAAAAGUGGUAACGUUCUACUGCCUGGAUGAGAAGAUUUUGAGGAAAAUUUUAUUAGAAGAGGAUACAAUAGACUGGAGCACUUAUUUUACAAUUGGAGGCUAUGACAAUUCUCAUACCGCCAUGCUCAAAGAGGUUUCAUCGCAGAGACAACUGAGCUACAAACAUCGGGCAUGUGCGCAUCUCCUGUAUUUGCCAGAUAGUAGCCAUCUGGUCAAACCAGCAUUUGACAGUGAUCUUAAAUCUAGGAUUACAUCUCUCGAUCUUUCCCACGCUCACCUGGUGAAUCAAACCUGGAAGUUUGGAGGGGAUGAAAUAGGCUACAAGAGAAUUGUCAGACAGAUCAGCUACUUCCCUUCAUACUGUAUCAUUGAUGGUCAGGGUCAGCCUGUAUCAUGGCUGCUUUUAUAUGAAUACCUGGCAAUGGGCAUGUUGUAUACUCUGCCUGAGCACAGACAAAAACAUUAUGCUACAGUCCUGGUCUACACCAUGGCCCAGAGACUCCUCGCUGAGGGCUACCCAGUGUUCUGCUACAUAGAGGAAGACAACUUGGUCUCAAACAAGCUUGUUAAAAGCUUGGGCCUUAUUGAGGAUCCCUCUUACAGAGAGAUAUGGGUUGCGAUCAACACCUGAUUUGAAGAAGCAACCGACACGCUGUAUCAGAUAAAACUUCUAAGUGAAUCACUUGCCUUGUACAAAACAAACCUGCGGCUUUUAUAUUGUCCACAUCUGUUAGACUGCUUUGUGAGGUGGCAUGAGCGAAAUCAACUGUUCAACAACUUGGUUUGAAAUGGAUGAUAUUCCUGAUACAUUUAUCUUACUUUACCUGAUUACAUUUACAUGACGGCUUGUUACAAUUGACACUUUCACUGUUUAGCCAUAGGCAAUGUAGAGAAAUGCAAAGUAACAACUUCGCUCUUGAAAUGAAAAUAUUGCUAUUGCAUUUAUAAUUGUUUCUGUAGACCAAUGUUAAAAGGCUUUACUGUCUUAUAUAUUAAAUAAUUCUUCAUCCAG